AUGUCGUCCCCUUCGGCUGCUGCGGCCACAAACAUCGCACGUGGAGUGCAAAAGUUGUUUGUCGGAAAUCUUCCUUGGACCAUUAGUACCAAGGAGCUGAAGUCGUACUUCUCCAAGUAUGGACACGUCCAUUCAACCAACGUAAUCUACGACAAAACCACUGGCAUCAGUCGUGGCUAUGGGUUCAUUGUGUUUAGCACGCGAGAAGGGUUUACAAACGCCACAAAUAAUCGACUGCACGUACUGGAAGGACGAGUUCUUGAUAUUCAACGUGCCUCUUCAUAGCUAUAGAGUAGGAAGUUGAGUGAAGAAAUAAUGUAAUAGGUUGAUGAUACAGUUAAAUAUACAUUUUAUUUAGCAUAC